CCCCGGCCCGCUCACCCGCCCCCGGCCCCGGCCACCGGCCCCCGCCCCACUCCGCCCGGCUCUGCGUCGGCCGCGCCGCGGUGGGGGCGCGCGAGGGGGACGCGGCCGGGGAUGAGCGGAUUGCGGGUAAACACGCCGCCGAGGGGCCCCGAGAGGCCGUGAGCAGCUGCUUUUCUGCGAGUCGCCGCCCUGCCCUUGGAUUGAGAUCAUGUCCAUUCACAUCGUGGCGCUGGGGAACGAGGGGGACGCGUUCCACCAGGACAACCGGCCGUCGGGGCUCAUCCGCACCUACCUGGGGAGAAGCCCUCUGGUCUCGGGGGACGAAAGCAGCUUGUUGCUGAACGCGACCAGCACGGUCGCGCGUCCCGUGUUCACCGAGUAUCAGGCCAGUGCGUUUGGGAAUGUCAAGCUGGUGGUCCACGACUGUCCCGUCUGGGACAUAUUUGACAGUGAUUGGUACACCUCUCGAAAUCUAAUCGGGGGCGCCGACAUCAUUGUGAUCAAAUACAAUGUAAAUGACAAGUUUUCAUUUCAUGAAGUAAAGGAUAAUUAUAUUCCAGUGAUAAAAAGAGCAUUAAAUUCAGUUCCAGUAAUCAUUGCUGCCAUUGGUACCAGACAAAAUGAAGAAUUACCUUGUACGUGCCCACUGUGUACCUCAGAUAGAGGGAGCUGUGUUAGUACAACCGAAGGGAUCCAACUUGCUAAAGAAUUAGGAGCUACCUACCUUGAACUCCAUAGCCUUGAUGACUUCUACAUAGGGAAAUACUUUGGAGGAGUGUUGGAGUAUUUUAUGAUUCAAGCCUUAAAUCAGAAGACAAGUGAAAAGAUGAAGAAAAGAAAAAUGAGCAGCUCAUUCCAUGGAAUUAGACCUCCUCAGCUUGAACAACCAGAGAAAAUGCCUGUCUUAAAGGCUGAAGCAUCGCAUUAUAACUCUGACUUAAAUAACUUGCUGUUCUGCUGCCAGUGUGUGGACGUGGUAUUUUACAACCCAGAUUUAAGGAAAGUCGUGGAGGCCCACAAGAUCGUUCUCUGCGCUGUAAGCCAUGUUUUCAUGCUGCUUUUCAACGUGAAGAGUCCCACUGACAUUCAGGAUUCCAGUAUUAUCCGAACUACCCAGGACCUCUUUGCUAUAAACAGAGACACUGCAUUCCCAGGUGCUAGCCAGGAGUCCCCGGGCAACCCGCCGCUCCGAGUCGUCGUUAAAGACGCCCUCUUCUGUUCCUGUUUAUCAGAUAUUCUGCGCUUCAUUUAUUCAGGUGCUUUUCAGUGGGAAGAAUUGGAAGAAGAUAUCAGGAAGAAGUUGAAAGAUUCUGGGGAUGUUUCAAAUGUAAUUGAGAAAGUUAAAUGCAUUUUAAAAACACCAGGAAAGAUUAAUUGCCUAAGGAAUUGCAAAACCUAUCAAGCCAGAAAACCUCUGUGGUUUUAUAACACUUCGCUCAAGUUUUUUCUUAAUAAACCAAUGCUUGCUGAUGUUGUCUUCGAAAUACAAGGUACGACGGUGCCAGCCCACAGGGCCAUCCUGGUGGCCCGUUGCGAAGUGAUGGCAGCCAUGUUCAAUGGGAAUUACAUGGAAGCAAAAAGUGUCCUGAUUCCAGUUUAUGGUGUUUCCAAAGAGACUUUCCUGUCAUUUUUAGAAUACCUAUACACAGACUCUUGUUGCCCAGCUGGCAUUUUCCAGGCCAUGUGUCUCCUGAUCUGUGCUGAGAUGUACCAGGUGUCCAGACUGCAGCACAUCUGCGAGCUGUUCAUCAUCACCCAGCUCCAGAGCAUGCCGAGCAGGGAGCUGGCGUCCAUGAACCUUGAUAUAGUCGACCUGCUCAAGAAGGCCAAGUUCCACCACUCUGAUUGCCUUUCAACCUGGCUACUUCAUUUCAUUGCCACUAACUACCUCAUCUUCAGUCAAAAGCCUGAAUUUCAGGAUCUUUCAGUGGAAGAACGCAGUUUUGUUGAAAAGCACAGAUGGCCGUCGAAUAUGUACUUGAAGCAGCUUGCAGAAUACAGGAAGUAUAUUCACUCCCGGAAAUGUCGUUGCUUAGUAAUGUAACCUGGAGCUUUUAUAUACAUGACAUUUUUUUAUUAUGAUGAAGAAUGGGAUAUCUCUGGGUUCCAGUAAAAUUCUUAUGACCGAAACCAAUAUGGGCUCUGAAAAAGCAAAAAAAAAAAAUUACCAUACAGCUUAAUAGGUUUAUUAGUUCUCUUUGAAAAAACUACUAUUGUGAUCUUAAAAGGGAACAAAAUAUACCAUAGACUAAAACUAAGGCUUCACCCUAGAAUAUAAAGCUGUUGUACAGCUACAUUUUCCCUUUAAGAUAUUCCGUUACUUUAGUGAUAUUAAGACCCUUCCCAGUUAAGAUGCUUACAUUUUAAAAAAAUCAUGUAGGAUUAAUACAGAAAUUUCAUCAUGUCUGAUUAAUUGCUCUAUUAAAAUAAGGGGCAUUUAAAGUCCCUGUGUAACUAUUUCUAUAGUGAGUAAUCAGUCCAACAUGAGAUUUUAGGAAUAGAAAUUUACCUGGGGUUUUGAAAGUGAAAUGUCACUUGGUUCCCAAUUAUGACAAUGUUUGAAUCAUUAUGAAAAAAGUCCUGUUUUUCAUCUGGACAACCCAACCGAGCCACCUCGUCUCCUUCUGGGAUUCUGAUGAGGCAGGAAACCUAAACAGGGUGGGCUUCCUCAGCAUGUAACUUGUGUAGGCCCACAGGGCCCCCACUUAGAAAGGCCCUGCACUCGAUUCAGGGCUCUGCUAUCACUGUCUUGAAAUUCUUAAUGAUGUUUGAAGAAGGGUCUCUGUUUCUCUUUGCACUAGGCCUCCCAAAUCGUGUAUAUUUCCUGGCAGGAAAUAUAUCACGUUUUCUUGCUCAAACAGCUUUCUCUCUGAAAGCGGAAAGAGGCAGAGAAGGAGGCUCACCCUAGAAUAUAAAGGGUGGAGGGAAGAGCGCUAUGGAGAUUCCCACCUUCGGGGAGGUCUGUGCCACCCAGGGCCGCCACUGCCACCUGGGCUAGCGGCUAGCAAGGGAGGAAAUGCUUUAAAACACUCACAGUCUGGCUCUGUCACAGAUGAACAAAUACUUUCUUGAUCGUUCUGUAAGAGCAAGAUAGUGGUAAGAGUGACUGGCCAGCCUGAAUUUAAUACACAUUUAUAAAGAUACUCAUAGGAAAAGAUGUCCUCUAGAAAAUUUGCUAUGGAAGGCUUGAGACUUUUUUUAAGAGUGUUUACUAACAUUAGAAUACCAGUGGCUUAAAUUGUUUGAAUUGUUUUCAAGGACCUUAAGAUCGUUUGAUGAGGAGUAGCAUGAAUCUUGUCCUCAGGAUGACCCAGUAAGUUAAAAAAAAGGAUUUAAAUUAAAGACUUACUACGUGUAGAGAGAAUGGACCGGGAUAGAGGACAGAAUUGGAGUUUCUCUUGUAUCACGUGUGUACAGAAAUCAUUACAGCAGAAGCUCACAAGCCUAGAGAUGGAAAAACAGAUUACUGUUUAUUGUUAGCAUCGUUUUCAUCUCUAAUUCAGUAUUGGAAUAUAUUUUCUUUUUAAUUUCCAGUGACUUUAGGAUACACAUAGUUUUUAGUUUUCCAACUUUUCAAAGGUUUGGUCGGUUUUAUAUCAUAGUAUUAGGAUCCCAAACAGUUAGCCCUUGUAUGUAUACCAACACUGUCAGAGUGAAAUAGUAAACAUCCCUAUAGAUAUAUUCAAAGAAACCUGAUUUUAAUUGGACUGCGUCAAUGAAGAUUACUGGAAUGCAUUGUAUGAUUUUUUUUUGUAUUUUAAGCACUUAAUCAACUAUUGGCAACCAUUUGACAAGGAUUAGCAUUGUAAAGAAUAGAUACUGUAGUAAAUCUCUAGAAAUUCAUUUACGUUUAAGUUUUAAGAUGCAAUAAUAGCCUUUUGUUCUUCACAAGCAUAUUCUCAUCCCAUAUGAAUUCAGCAUUGAAAAUUCUAAAUCAGUAACUUGAUCUAGAAAAUUGAAAAAUAUAACUUGCAAAGCAAAAUAUUUUCUUGAAAAUACUAUUUAAUGCUUAACUAGACUAUAGAUAGUUCUUUUAGGAUGUUUGAUCUGAGUGGGGGUUGGAAUGGGAAGCUGGUGUUCAGUUGGCGUAGAGCAUGUAGUUUUUAUUAUGAAAGUUCUUUACCGUCUGUAUGAGUAACUCAAACACACAGAUGUCAUAGCUCUCCAGAGCUAGUCAGAACAGUAAUCAAAUUAGUGUUUAAAUCCAUUUGGAUAUAGACUGACUCUUCAAUACCUUUAAAUUAACUCAAUUUAAAAUAAUAAGAAAUUUUAAAAUACUUAUAAACUAUCUCCGAGAAAUGAGUGCUGGUUUUGAGGUUUUUUUUUUUUUUUUAAUUGAAAGAUUAUUUCUAGAUGGGUGUAUGCUUUGUGCUGAUCUCUGCUUCAAUAUAUUUACCAAUCAUUUUAAUUAGAGAAGAUACUGUAUGGUAAAACUAAGCCCUUUUCUUUCUGGGCCAGGUUUUCACCCUAUUUAACCCUGUGCAUACUUCUGACUACUCCAUGUUUAUAUUAUAGUGGACUAGGUUUGUAAUAUAGAACAUUGAGUAACAUAACUGAAAUUAACCCUAUCCAAGCCUGCAUAGUAGUUUCAUAUCGGGUAGUAACAGAAGACUGAAGAAUUGGAUGAAUUUGACUUCCAAGACAGCCAAACUUUUCAACUGUAAUUUUGAAAACUACACUACACUGAUAUAGUUAAUUAGACAAAAAUGUCUCCAAAGAGUACUUUAUUUUAUUUAAAGCAUCUGUUUAAUUCAACCUUUAAUAAUUUUGCAAAGAAGGUUAUGUGUGUAUUUUAAUAUAGCCUGACCUGAAUUUAUAUGUUUUUAGCUUUAGUAUUUAACAUUUUGUAACAAAUAAACCUUUUUUAAAACAAGUUUAA